CAACCACAGAAAGUCCUCUUGCUGUCAUCCACUCUACAGAUGAGGAACUGUACGCUCAGGGAGGCUCAGACAUUGGGCAAGUUUCCCCAACUAGUGAGGAAUGGAGCUGGAGUUCCAGCCCAGGGAACUGUGUGUCCUUAAAGCUUGGGUCUUGAGAGUCCCUUGGACUGCAAGGAGAUCCAACCAGUCCAUCCUAAAGGAAAUCAGUCCUGAAUAUUCAUUGGAAGGACUGAUGCUGAAGCUGAAACCAAUACUUUGGCCACCUGAUGCAAAGAACUGACUCAUUGGAAAAGACCCUGAUGCUGGGAAAGGUUGAAGGCAGGAGGAGAAGGGGACGAGAGAGGAUGAAAUGGUUGGAUGGCAUCACCGACUCGAUGGGCAUGAGUUUGACCAAUCACCACUCCUCAGAUGCCUCCUACACCUAGGGGGAGGACCACCACGCAUAGCCCCCCUCGUCUUCACAGGGAAUCUGUGGACUGCUGGGCUGUCCAGAAGGACAGCACGGGCAGUGAGUCAACAAAGCCGCGUCUCAUCAUCUUCAGAUUGGCCACGUGGAGGGCGAGGACUAUAGGCAGCUACCAGGAUGGGUGAAAGGAAAGGCGUAAACAAGUACUACCCUCCAGAUUUCAACCCUGAGAAGCAUGGCUCCCUCAACAGAUACCACAACAGCCACCCACUUCGGGAGCGGGCUCGGAAGCUGUCCCAGGGCAUCCUCAUCAUCAGGUUUGAGAUGCCCUAUAACAUCUGGUGCGACGGCUGCAAGAACCACAUCGGCAUGGGUGUUCGUUACAAUGCAGAGAAGAAGAAGGUUGGCAAUUACUACACGACCCCGAUCUACAGAUUCAGGAUGAAAUGCCACCUCUGUGUCAACUACAUCGAGAUGCAGACGGACCCCGCCAACUGUGACUACGUGAUUGUGAGCGGCGCCCAGCGCAAGGAGGAGCGCUGGGACAUGGAGGACAAUGAACAGGUGCUGACCACAGAGCACGAGAAGAAGCAGAAGCUGGAGAUGGACGCCAUGUUCCGCCUGGAGCACGGCGAGGCUGACCGGAGCACACUCAAGAAGGCCCUCCCCACCCUGAGCCACAUCCAGGAGGCCCAGAGCGCCUGGAAGGACGACUUCGCCCUCAACAGCAUGCUUCGGAAGAGGUUCCGGGAAAAGAAAAAAGCCAUGCAGGAGGAGGAGGAGAGGGACCAGGCACUGCAGGCCAAGGCCAGCCUGGCCAUCCCGCUGGUGCCGGAGACAGAGGAUGACCGUAGACUGGCCGCCCUGCUGAAGUUCCACACCCUAGACUCGUACGAGGACAAGCAGAAGCUCAAGCGGACAGAGAUCAUCAGCCGCUCCUGGUUCCCCUCCACCCCGGGAGCCAGCGCCAGCAGCAGCAGCGGCAGCAACAGCAGCAAAGCCAGCAGCGUCCUGAAGAAACUGGCCCAGAACCGCAGAGCCACUCCCACCAGCGCCCCCGUCACCAUGGGGCACCUGGGCAUCGUGCGGCGGCGGUCCCGGGAGGUCCCAGAGAGCCCCCAGCACCCGGCCGAAACCUUCAAGUCUGGGGAGCCACAGGUGCCAGAGGGGGCCAACCAGAACAGGCCUGCCUCCCCCCGAGACUGCUCUCUGGAGACAGCCGAGACCCCUAGGAACAGCGGGCCACUGGGGCAGGAGGAGAGCUGUCAGGACAGGCCCCAGCCCCCUCCAGACACCGCCCCCGAGGCAGCCAACCCCCAGGACACACCACAGCCCUGCAGCCUCGGCUCCUCACUUGUGGCUGACUAUUCCGGCUCCGAGAGCGAGUGACUCCAUGGCCCAGAUUUACUCCCGAGGCCAGGACUCACCCAGAGGCCCAUCCCAGGCUGCAGCCCUGCUGGCCCACCAGCCCUUGGAGAGCUCAGUCCCCACCCUGUGCACACCUCACUUUCUCACAGUGAUAGAGUUGUUAUUUAUUUGGUCCUGGAGAGGGUGUCUGUGCCUUGUGGGACCCAAGACCUCCCAACAUUAAAGCCCUGCUUCUUUG